AAUGGGAGAGGGGUCCCUCUUAAAUUUCAUAAAUGGCGCCCCUGAGAUGACAGCGCCCACUCAGUAUCAUCAGAGUUUGACGAUGGGGAAGGAGGUCUCCCUUAAAUUUUAUAAAUUGCGCCGCUCAAAUGACGGCACCUUAAUCUGUCGCCUAAUUGACUGGCAGGCUUUGCACAGGGAACUAUACAAAACAAACCAAUUGCCUUGCAACAUAACUCAAAAUAACAAAAAAAUAAAUAGAUUAAAAAGUGAAAAAUUACACAUAAUCUGAAAAUGCUGCUCAGUUUAUUCGACACACGUAUGAGAUCAGAGAUCGAGAUUUGUUGAAGAUUCCGAACUCUUACGGUUUCGUAGGAAGCCCCCCCAAAAUAAAACCUUCUUAGGAAGGUCCCUUUCAAUCCUGGCACCUUGGCGCUCCGGUCACUUUUCAUUGUCUUUUGUUUUUAGGAUCGGCGCUGGGAGGCUGAAGUCUCGACUCGAGUCGACUUUUUGACUUCUGUAAAGUUUACUGAGCCGUUUGCUCCUUCGCGGGGCACCCCACCUGGGAUUAAAAACUUCGUGCGUCUUCCUUCGCCUUUCGACCAGAGCGAAGCUGGCGGUGUUGUCAGAGUUCGGGAAAGGCAGCGGCCGGGCGUGACGUUAGAGUGGCGGCUCCAGCUCAGGCACUCAGGGAGGGGAGGAACUAAAAAAAAAAAAAAAACUUGGGCUGAAAAUGGCUUCCUUGUCUUUGGAGGCUGGAACCCCGAAAGAGAGUCCGGGCGAAACGAGCUCAGGGGAGCUGAGCAGCCCGAGUCCCAAGGCGCCGGACGAACUGGGCGCCCUGGACGACGCCUCCGAACAGCUGCUGCGGACCCUGCGGGGCUCCGGCCUGAACUUCUCGGCCGAGCAGGUCUCGUGCGUGUGUGAGGCGCUUCUCCAAGCGGGCAAUGUGGAGCAGCUCGGCAGAUUCCUGUCCACCAUCCCCGCCGCGCCGGAGCUGCAACGUGGCAACGAGACUUUACUGAAGGCCAAGGCGCUGGUGGCUUUUCACCGAGAGGAGUACAAGGAACUCUACGCCAUCCUGGAAAGUCACUCUUUCCACCCGUCCAACCAUGCCUUCCUGCAGGACCUCUACUUGCAGUCGCGCUACCGGGAAGCGGAGAGGUCCCGGGGCCGACGACUGGGAGCCGUGGACAAGUACCGACUCCGUAAGAAGUAUCCCCUUCCCAAAACGAUCUGGGACGGCGAGGAGACGGUGUACUGCUUUAAGGAGAAGUCGCGCAAUGCGCUCAAGGAGUGUUACAAAAGCAACAGGUACCCGACCCCGGACGAGAAGCGGAACCUGGCCAGGCUCACCGGGCUCUCCCUGACCCAGGUCAGCAACUGGUUCAAGAACCGAAGGCAGCGGGAUCGGACACCAUCGGGAACUCAUAGUAAAAGUGAGUCUGAUGGCAAUCGUAGUGAGUCGGAUGACUCCACCAGAGGACUUGAAGAUGCCGCUCAUCUGACCCCGGUCAGUCAAGAGGAUCACAACACUAUAAACAACAAUAUCCUCCUUUCAACAACAAGCACUCCGUGCAGCACGUCCAGCUCUAUGCUUCUCAAUGGUAGUUUGAUCAACGCCAACACGCAGCCGUUUCUUUUCAACGGGGGAUCUCUAGUGCAGGCCUCUAAUGGCCGGGUGAUCAUCAAUGGGCUGACGUUUAGUGAUGGACAAACUAUUACACUUAGCCCUGUCAGCAGUAAUCCUCCUCUACUUGUAACUGGCUCAACAGUCAUUGGAAGCAAGCCCGUAACUGGCACUCAGCAGGCCAACAAUAUAGAACAGAAAGACCCUGCUGUUGCGUCCAUUCUGCCAACCAUCAUUGUGAAUACGGGCAGCACCACAUUGUCUCUUCCAGCAGUUGGAGAUGGGGUUGGAAAGAGUGAAGAAGAUGAACAGUCAAUGCCGACGUCCCUGGUUUACGGGAACACUUCCAAUCUGGGAGCCUCCAAUGGCAUGGACCUCAAGAUUGAAAGCUUGCAGCCCACUAUGGAGACUUGCCCCACCCCCAGCACAACCUCCUCAGUGGUGUUCAACCAACAAGGGACAACACUGACUAUUCCAGGUGUACCUGGAGAAUUUAGAGUAGAUGAGCAGCAGGCGUUACAUUCAGGGUCCCCUUCCACCCCAACCUUGCAAACAAGCCAGGUGGUCCCACUGCCUUCCCAGCAACAGGCUACAGUAUUAACAUCUUCCGCAAAUCAGCUCGCCUCUGCUCCACAAGUCUUGGCUCUGCCACAGGUUGUGCCUUCAAUCCCAGGAAUCCCCGUGUCCCAAGUCAUCCAAGCCCCGCCGUCGCAGGGAACCACUUGUCCGCAACUUGUGCCAGUCUCCCCAGUUACAACCCAACUCAACCAGACUGCUCCAGCUUUUCAGCUUCCACAGGGAAUUCCUCAGCAACAGGUGGUGACCUCGGCAGCUCUGCCCCAUAUCUCCCAAGUUGGGACCUCGCCAGCUCCACCGCUGACAGUUCAGCAGGUCAUCCAGACUCCACAGGGGCUGCAGACAGUACAGACUCUAUCCCAGUUGCCCGCACCUCAGAUCAUCCCCAUCUCUUCCCCAACUCAAGUCGUUCCCCUUUCGCAGCCAGGGCAAGCUUCACCAAAUGCGACCCCUACUGCACAGAUUGUUCCACUGUCUGCUCAGGUGGUAUCACCCUGCCCACCUCCUCUGCCACAAGUGGUACCCAGUUCACAAACAGUGCCAGGGACAUUCCAGAUACUCACAAGUGUAAAUAAUGGCAACAACAGUGCUGUCAAGUACAGCCAGCCUAACACCAUCCAGUUUCCUAGUAGCUCUCCUGUGGCACAAAAUGGCGGAAGCAUAGGCUGUACUACAGCAGGGGUACAACUCAUCAACUCUGGCGGCAUCUUCCAGCUACCUGCAGCUGCUCCAGGAAAUCUUAUCCUGACUAAUCCAGCAGGGGGCAGUACUCUCUUGACCUUUCAGCAAGGCAAACUUAUCCUCACUGCUACCUUCCCCGCCAGCAUGCUUGUAUCCUCAAGUGCCACCUCGUUAGCUAAUCUGCCACUCAAAACAGAGUCUGAGUACAGCCAGAAUGGUGCUGGUACAGGUAUCGUCCUAACGCCGAUCAUUUCUGUUGGCCCAGGGCAGCAGAGUUGCCCAGUUAAUAACAUAUCCCCCAGUGGCACCUCCCUUCCACCAAUUUCUGCAGUUAUCCCCAUAAGCCCCACUACUACCACCUCCUCCUCCUCAGUUUCUCUACCCCAAGAGGGAACGAUCACAAGUUCUCAACAAUCCUAUCAAACAGACAGCAAUAUCACCUUUAUCAAUCCUGGUGGAUUCUAUCCAAACACUGCACCCGGGGGUGACAACCAUGCUAUGCUUUCUUCAGUUAGUUUGACGCCUGCUGCUUCUGUGGGUCUCACUUGCUCGGAUGUCAUCGGAGGCCUGAACACUUCUAUGUCCAUGGGAGGAGUGGGAGCCAAUGCAGGCCAUCUUUCCUCGGCCAAUGUUACCAGCAGUGCAAUGUCAAACCUGGCUCAGGUUGUCUGGAGCCCAGCUCUCAAUCCCACUAGUGCUGUCUCAACUGGAUUGGUGCUGCCAUUGGGGUUAAGGAAAGAGGAUCGACUGCUGCCAGAUGAUGGUGUGGACCACCGGUCUCUACUUGCCUUGCCGGGAGGUGAAUCUCUCCUUUUGGGAACUGCACCUGAGGUCAGGGGGCAGCAGUUAGAGGAAGGGCCAAACAUGGACAGUGACGAUCUGGAAAGCGAUGGCAAGGUGCUAACACAGUUGCAAUCUGUUCCAGUGGAUGAGGACCUGGGAAUGUAGAAAAGGAAAAGGGAUGGAAUGGACACUUUUCUGAUAGUAGAGCCUGCCUGCUGCCCAUUGUGAUUUGUGGAAUGGCCAAGGCAACGCUGACGAUUUGAGGAGACCUUAGUUGAGCACAUACGAGUGAAAACACUUGGCAUUAAGCAAAAGGUCACAACGGUUUAUGGAUGUCACCUGAGUGUGAUGUGUCUACGCAGUACAAACCAACAAGGACGGCUGUAUUCACCUUUUCAGAGUGUGAUGGAUCUCUCUUUUUUUUUUAUUUUUCCAGUUAUAAACAGAAGAAGGGCAUCACUCAGGACUCCCUGGAGCGUGUGAGUGCAGGGUCCAUGUGCUAAAUUGGAAACACAACUUAGGCUUCCUGCGUUUUUGCAAUAAUUAAGGAGCUCUUGACCCCUCUUAGGUGGACCCAUACACACAAACUACUUGAAGGAUAUGCUGGCAGAAACCUGUUUUUACUUUCAGUCAGCAGAUUUUCUCUAUUAUGGAUGGAAGUUUUACCUUGAGACACGAGAUGGGCAAAAAAAAAGGGAAAAUCUUUUCCACUGGUUCUUUGGUGAUGGUACGAUAUUUGAAACAUUAAGGUAACUGCUAAGGUUAAGGUGUAAAAUUGAUCUUGCAAGUUCGUGUGGAUGAACAGCUUCUGAUUUCUUAUAUUCUACCAAGGAAAUCCCCCUUCUGCCACCACUCAUUUUAUUUUUUAUAUACAAAAUUUGAUGAGAAAAUUGAAGCAUACCAAGAAGGAAAGAAAAAAAACGGGGUUAAUAGCUCAGAAUUCAGUGUGUUGAACAAAAUGGAGUUCGAAAAAUGGCGUUUUCUAUGCAAGAUUUACCAAAACAAAAGUAAAGAGUGGUAGAGAAAGAGGGACGGCAAGUAUGCCGAGAUGCAAGGAUCUUCUUUAGCUUUUUCUUUAAGGUAAAUGAGAUGUUUUUAGAAACAUAUCCACUGUACAAAACAGAGUCCUAUAAUACUGAAGCACAUAAUAAUAAUAAUAACAUUUAUAUAACGCUUUUCUCACUCCUCCAAGCGCUGAGACAGAGGGGAACCACUUCAACCACCACUAAUGUGUAGCACCCACCUGGAUGAUGUGACAGCAGCCAUUUUGGCGCCAGUACGUUCACCACACAUUAGCUAUGGUGGUGAAGUGGUGAGAGAGAGAGACAAUUAGAGACGGGGAAUGAUUAGGGCACCAGAAUGGCCAGGUCAAGAUGGGUAAUUUAGCCAAGACAUUGGGAAACACCUUACACUUCACUUAAGAUGCACAGGGGUCUUUAAUGGACCUCGGUUUCACAUCUCGUCUGAAGAACGGCGCCAUUUUUACCUCACAGAGUCCCUGUCACUGUGCUGGGGCAUUGGGAUCACCACACAG